UUCUGUUCUCUUCACUUUCUAUCACUUCAUAACUAGCUGCAAAUGAUUAUAUAUUGAUCUGUUUAUGUACCCAUAAAAUGUUUUGAUGAAGCCGAAUGCAUGAAUCAGUAGUUUUUCUAUAGAAAUGGGGAAGCCAGUGAGGAGCUUUGUGUUAAUUGUUUGUUUGUUAGUGUUUCUGUUCAUCUUGUUGUUUUUGGUGUUCAACUUUUCUCAUUUUCAUCCCUCAUUUAAUGAAUAUGAAACCAAUCGUAAAGUCCACAAUUAUUUUUCGAAUUCCGAUGUUAAAUUUCACUCCCAUCUCCAGUUGUUCCAUCAUUUUCGUCUUCAUCUGACCAGCAGAAGCAGGAAGGUAGCUGAAAUACAUGACAAUGCUACGCCUUUGGUACCUGGGCGUUCAAAUAUGAGGAAGGACUGCCACAUUAGGGGUCCUUUAAAGGAGGAGUUCACAUUUCCAGCAAGUUCUGCUCCAUUCAAAAAUUGUCAUGCCUCUACCAUUGUUGAGGUGGACAAAGAUCAUUUUUUAGUUGCUUAUUUUGGGGGUACCUUGGAGGGAGCACCUGAUGUGAAGAUUUGGUUACAAACAUACAAAGAUGGUACUUGGCAAUCACCCGUCAUUGUUGAUGAACAAUCUGAAGUUCCUAUGUGGAACCCUGUAUUAUUCAAACUACCAUCAGAGGAGUUGCUGCUAUUCUAUAAAAUUGGUCAAGAAGUUCAGAAAUGGAGUGGGUGCUUGAAGCGAUCAUAUGAUAAAGGUAUUACUUGGACAGAAAGAGAGCAACUUCCUCCUGGUAUAUUAGGACCGUCAAAAAACAAGCCUACCUUGCUAGAAAAUGGGCUCUUGCUUUGUGGAUCAUCAGUAGAAAGUUGGAAUUCUUGGGGCGCUUGGAUGGAGGUAACAGCAGAUGCUGGAAGGUCAUGGAGAAAGUAUGGUCCAAUCUACAUUGAAAAUACACCUCUCAGUGUGAUUCAACCAGUCCCAUUCCAGACUGCAAAUGGGACAUUGCGUGUUCUACUCAGAUCCUUUGAGGGCAUUGGUAAAAUUUGUAUGUCAGAAUCCUAUGAUGGUGGCCUCAAUUGGGGCUACGCAAUACCUAUGGAGCUCCCCAACCCAAACUCAGGUAUUGAUGGAGUUAAACUAAGUGAUGGCCGUAUCUUACUAGCGUAUAACACAAUCUCAAGGGGUGUGCUUAAAGUUGCUGUGUCUGAAGAUGAUGGGGACUCGUGGUAUGAUGUUAUUACAUUGGAGGAAAAUCCAGAAAUGGAAUUCUCCUAUCCAGCAGUUAUCCAGGCUAGUGACGGAUCUAUUCACAUAUCUUACACAUACAAUAGAACACAAAUCAAGCAUGUUGUCCUUCAGCCAAAUUAAUGAAAGCAACAUUAUUGCGGAAUCAAAUGUACUCACAAUUAAAGAGUCAGGAGGACUUCACAUGGGAUAAAGAUGGAUACACGGUAAGACAAGGCUAUAGAAAGAAAGACAAUACACAACAAAAUUAAAUGGAACUCAAACACAUGACUUAAAUAUUUAUUUAUUUAUUUAUUUUAUAAUAUUUUUCUUGAGUUGAUACUUGUCUUUUUAUGCAAAUACCUAUAUUUGUGAUGCUGGUAUUCGGUUAUCAACAAAUCUAACUACUCAAUAUGUUUUGCAUAUUCUUAAUUUGAGCUACCAUUUGACGUAAAAGUAUACAUGGAGCUUAUGCCCCCUCUUAAUUACUAAGUAAUUCAAAACAUUGGAGUAGAAAGUUACUUUUAUCUCUUUCUUUUUUUUUAAAUUUAAUUUACAUAUCCAACUUCCAUUCAAAAGUUUUUUUUUUUUUUCUGGUAAGUCCUAUAAGGAAAGGAAAAUAGGCUAAAUGAUAAAGUUUCAAAAGAGUAAACAAAGAAUACUCGAAAAGGGUAGCUAAGGUCUAAUGGUCAAAAUGAAUAAUUUUUAUAUCAUUUCUCUAUGGUAUGAGCACUUAUUAUUUUUAAUUCAUGAAAUCUGUUCUAGAUUGGUGGGGUAGUAUAUAUGUCAAGCUUGUACAUGCAUAUUAAAUGGUACAUGAUAAAACACUAUAUAAUCUACUUAUGGAUACAUAUCUAAAAGCAAUGAACGAACUAAGCUACACAAAAAUGCACAAGAUUCAGAAAAAGAAAAAAAAUUCCAACACAAUCAUUAAGCUUAAUCAAAUGCACAAAGUUUAUUAUACGGCUGAAAAGGAAAAAAAAAUUAUGUGAAAAAUGAGACAAAAAAAAACAAAAAACCAAGAUACAAAACUAUACUCUCAAACUUAUUUUUGACGUUGUCCUCAAUGUCAUCAUAAAACAAA